AUGCAGCUGGAGACGCAGCAGGUCACUGGUCCCGGUGCCAACAUCAGCAUCUUUCCCCCUCUCACCUUUCUCCUGACGGGCGUCCCGGGGCUUGAACACAGCCCCCACUGGCUGGCAGCACCCGUGUGCGCUCUGUACCUCUUGUCUGCUCUGGGGAAUGGCACAGUCCUCUUUAUCAUACUGACCGAGCCGAGCCUCCACACCCCCAUGUAUCUACUCCUGCUCAUGCUGGCUGUGGCAGACCUGGGCCUGUCCACCUCCGUCCUGCCAACAAUGCUUGGGGUAUUCCUGUCCGGCUCCGGAGAGGUCAGCUCCGAUGCCUGCUUCUCUCAACUCUUCUUCAUUCAUGCUUUCUCCAUCAUAGAGUCCUCCGUGCUUCUGGCAAUGGCCUUUGACCGCUUCGUGGCCAUUUGCUACCCUCUGAGAUACAACUCCAUCCUAACCAAUGCCAGGGUGCUCCAGAUCAGCCUUGUGAUUGCAAUCCGGGCCAUUGCUCUGCAUGCCCCCCUCCCCUUCCUCCUCCAAAGACUGCCGUACCGCCAGACCAACAUCCUAUCCCACUCCUACUGUCUCCACCCCGAUGUGAUGAAACUGGCCCACGCUGGCUCCAGAGAGAGCACAUACACUCUCUUCAUCGUGCUCAGCACCAUGGGCCUUGACCCGGUGCUCAUUGUCUUGUCCUAUGCCUGGAUUCUGAGGAGCGUUCUGGGCCUCGUCUUGAGGGAAGAACGUGUCCAGGCGCUGAGCACGUGUCUCUCGCACAUCUCCGUGGUACUGCUCUUCUACAUCCCCAUGCUGGCUUUGUCCCUCAUCAACCAUCUGGGCCUUCCUGUCCCUGCCAUCGCUCACAGCCUCCUUUCCUUCCUCCACUUCCUCGUCCCGCCAGUCCUCAACCCCAUGCUGUACUGCGUGAGAAUGAAGGAGAUAAGGGGACGGGUUGCCAGACGGACACUGCUGCUUGGCAGUGCAACGCGAUGGACUGAUCACGUCCAUUUCACUGCAGAUCCAGCGCUCUUCUCUCUGAAGCUGCUCCUCGACCCUGCUCUAAGGAAACGGCUCUAA